ACAAGAGCUAUAAGACUUGUGCAAGAUGUAUGAGUAGAGAUAAAAACAAAGUUGCUGCUAAAAAAGAUAAUUUAGAUGAAGAAAAUACUAUCAUUGAAACAAUUUCUAUUCAUGAUAUUAGCGAUUAUAUUGCUAAUGCAAUUACUGAUUUAGACAUUCAUUCAAAACUUUCUCUUACGUUUGGUAUUCAGCUUGAUAAGGUCACACUUAGUGUUGUAGUUUUUGAACAGCAAAAAAAUAAUGAAAAAAAUUGUACCUUAUGUUUUCAACUUGAGACUGAUAAUACAGCAGCUAUCAGUUUUACUACAAAACUACUUUCAGCAUUAUAUUAUACAGAAGUACAUUGUGAUGCUACUUAUAAAACUUCCAAGAGCCGAUUCAAACUCUAUAGUAUUGUUGAUAAUGUGGAAGGUACAG